AUGAUCGCUCGCAUCGUCUGGGGGUGUCUGCUGGCCGUGACCCUCUUGGCAGACCCCGCGGCAGCUCAGAGUUGCAGACCCCUCCCCACAGGUGUAAAGGGAGGAAACCUGGCCUUGGGGAAGCUGGCCCAGCAGUCGUCCAUCCAUCAGCAUGACAUCGUUGGAUCAGCAGACAAAGCCGUGGACGGGGACUGCAGCGGGGACUGGUACAACGCAUCCUGCACCCACACCAAGAAGGAGAAAACCCCCUGGUGGUACGUGGACCUGGGAGAGUCCCGUAAAAUCUCCGUGGUGCUGGUGAAAAACCGUGUGGACUGCUGUGGCGAAAGACUGUAUGAAGCCGAGAUCCACUUAGGAGACUCUCUGAAGGACCACGGCAGGUCCAACCCUCGGAUGAUGCUCUUCGUCUGGGGGUGUCUGCUGGCCGUGACCCUCUUGGCAGACCCUACAGCAGCUCAGAGUUGCAGGCCUCCACCUGGAGAUGUAAAGAUGAAGAACCUGGCCUUGGGAAAGCCGGCCUUCCAGUCCUCCAUCUACCCUAAUCAGAUCGUUGGCUCAGCAGAGAAAGCCGUGGAUGGGAAUUGCAACGGGAACUGGUCCCAGGGCUCCUGCAUCCUCACCAAGCAGGAGGAACAGCCGUGGUGGUUCGUGGACCUGGAGGACUCUUACAACAUCUUCUGGGUGGUGGUGAAAAACCGUGAAGACUGCUGUGCUGAAAGAAUCCACCAAGUCGAGGUCCACGUGGGAGACUCUCUGGAAAACCACGCAAGGUCCAAUCCUAUCUGUGGGAUUAUCCAGAACACCAGCCCGGGCUCCAUCACCACCAUCUACUGCAACGGGAAGCGAGGCCGCUUCGUCAGUGUCCACCAGCCUAGAUUUAGCAGCUUGGCUGUCUGUGAAGUGGAGGUCUACGGCACUCAGUUAGGCAGGAUGACGGUCAUUGUCUUGGGGUGUCUGCUGGCUGUGACCCUCCUGGCCGGCCCUGCAGCAGCUCAGAGUUGCAGACCCCUACCUGAAGGCGUAGUGGGAAGAAACUUGGUCUUGGGGAAGCCAACCUACCAGUCCUCCCUCUACGUCAAUGAGUAUGGUGGACCACCAGACAAAGCCGUGAAUGGGGACUGCAGCGGGAUGUGGAUUCAAGGCUCCUGCGCCCAUACCAAUGUGUAGAGAAACCCCUGGUGGUACGUAGACCUGGGAGAAUCUCAUAAAAUCUCCGUUGUGAUAGUGAAAAACCGCGAGGACUGCUGUGGCGAAAGAUUGUAUAAAGCCGAGGUCCACUUAGGAGACUCUCUGGAAAACAACGGAAGAUUCAACCAUCUCUGCGGGAUUAUCCUGAACUCCAGCCCGGGCUCCAUCACCACCGUCUACUGCAACGGGCAGCGAGGCCGCUACGUCAGUGUCCAUUUACCCAGGGUGAACUGCUUGACCGUUUGUGAAGUGGAGGUCUACGGCACACAGUACUGUGACAUUAUACAGAAUGACAACCUGGGCUCCCUUGUCACCAUCUACUGCGACGGGCACCAAGGCUGCUACAUCAAUGUCCACUUACCCAGGGAGGACACCUUGACCCUCUGUGAAGUGGAGGUCUACGGCACUCAGACGAUGUUCUUCAUCUGGGAGUGUCUGCUGGCCGUGAUCCUCUUGGCUGCCCCUGCAGCAGCUCAGAGUUGCAGGCCUCCACCUGGAAACAGAGGGGCAAAGAACUUGGCCUUAGGGAAGCCGGCCUACCAGACUUCCAACUUUCCCUACGAGAUCCUUGGAUCACCGGACAAAGCCGUGGAUGGGGACUGCAACGGGACCUGGAUCCACGCCUCCUGCACCCACACCAACCUGGAGAGAAACCCCGGGUGGUACGUGGACCUGGGAGAGUCUCAUAAAAUCUACGCAGUGGUGGUGAGAAACCGCGAGGACUGCUGUGGCGAAAGACUCUUUGAAGCUGAGGUCCACCUAGGAGACUCUCUGGAGGACCAUGGAAGAUCCAACCCACUCUGCGGGAUUAUCCUGAACUCCAGCCUAGGCUCCAUCACCACCGUCUACUGCAAUGGGCAGCGAGGCCGCUACGUCAGUGUCCACUUACCCAGGGAGGGCUACUUGACUGUCUGUGAAGUGGAGGUCUACGGCACUCAGUACAGGAGAAUGUCAAUAUUUUGGAGAAAACGCAGUUUGAAGAGGAGCAGCUGUGAAAUUCACCCACAUUUCGUGGGCCAAGUGAGAGACUCCAGGACGAUGCUUCUCACCUGGAUGUGGCUGCCUGUUCUGGGGCUCCUGGCCGGCCACGCAGAGGCCCAGAGUUGCAAACCGGAGAUGAGAGCUACAAACGUGGCCAGAGGGCGUCCAGCUUUCCAGUCUUCCACCUUUCCAAGCCAGUUCAAUUCAGUUGCAAGCAAAGCCGUGGAUGGGAACUGCAGUGGACACUGGAUUGGGCAGAACACCUGCACCCACACGAAGCGAGAACGGGGGCCCUGGUGGUACGUGGACCUGGGCAGCCGGUAUGCCAUUUCUUCCGUGAUGGUGAAAAACCGUGCAGACUGCUGCGGAGAAAGGCUUCGGGGAGCAGAGAUCCGCGUGGCAGACUGCAUGCCCCACCGUGGACUCUCCAAUCUUCUCUGUGGGAGAAUCACCGACACCCGUCUGGGCUCCAUCAACACCAUCUCCUGCGACGGUCGUGUGGGACGCUAUGUCACCGUCACCGUUCCUGGCCGCACAGUAUCCCUGGCACUGUGUGAGGUGGAAGUCUACGGGACCAGGGUGUGAAGCCAGGAGACUUGUGUGUCAGGACAGGGACAAAGAUAAUGGAUAACUCAAUCGAUUCUCUUAAAUAAACCUACUCUGAGCAA